AAUGGGAAAUAGCGGCUGCAAAUCCAACUACUUUACAACAUGUGCAGUUCUAAGAAAGAACUGGUGGUGCCCCAGUGCUCUGGUAAAUCUAUGAAAAAGGUAAGAACUGCAGAUGAUGUCAAAGUCUUAGUGUUGGAAUCGGUAGAAGAUGUGCAUUUGUUUGGAAAAUCAACUUGUAGUCCCAAAAAGCGCUCCCAGUAUGAAAUUAUACUGCUCACAAAUGACAGCAACAGGGCAUUUUUUAUUCAACGGGCGAAGAGUGUAUGUUGCAAUAAUGACCACCACAGUGCACCAAUUUUGCAAAGCACUUGUAGAGAUAUCCAUAGUAAUGGCUUUGAAAUUGGAGGGCGAUUACAGCUGCGAAGAACCUGCAGUGAAUUUUGCACAAGUUAUAAAUUAAGGCGCAAGUUUAAUAAUUUGUAUAUCACUGAACCACAUUCUACUGGCGGAAAUCAAAGAAAUAUGGACCAAAUUUAUUCACAGAGUGCGACAAAGAACAACGAAUCAUUUGGUAAAGAUGAACAACAUUAUAAAGGAAAUUGGAAAAAUGUAACGUAUGCCAUAGAACUAAAGAAUCAAAUGGAAGGGGAGAGUUUUGAUCCUGAGCUGAAAAACAUAUUUAAAAAAGUAAAAGGAAGACACAUAAAUGAUCACGUUGAAACUCAAUUAGUUUUUGUGAAUAGAAAUUCUUUGAAAUUUAAUCGUCAAUCUAGUGGAGCCAACUUUAGCGAUGCAGAAUCUUUUCUCACAGAAACAUCAUCUAGCUCAAGAAGCUCCAGUUGCAUUAGAUUAAAUGAUGCUGAAUAUAGACGAAACCAAACUACCGAUGCAGUACAUUUACUAUGUAAUUCCAAAGCCGAUAAUUUAAUUAACCACAAUCGUCAAGAACAAAAUAUUUGUAGCCCUUCGACAUCAUUCAGGAAAAAAAUACCACACCAACCGUCUGAGUAUGAGUGCAAUGAAAGUAAUCCCAACCAGGACGGAAACCAUGAAAAUACCAAAGUAGGAUAUGAUUUUGAGGACUUUAACCAAUAUUGUACCUCAUGUAAAAUGGAAAUGAUUAUGAUGAACCUCAUAGGAAAAGAGCGAAACAAAAAUUUGUCUUGAAAGGCUUAGUAACUCACAUUUCGCUUAAAUCAGAGCCCCAAAGUUGUGGAAUUUAUAACGGAAACUUGCAAAAGCAUAUUACUUAUUCUCAGGAAGCUGCAAAAGGGUUCACCAAAAAUCUCGGCAAAGUACAAAACAAGUUAAUUGGUCGCCAUAAAGUUUUGCCACGAAAAGACGAAACUGACAAAACAAAUCAUUGCAAACACACUGAUAAAAAACUUGAUCACUCAGGUAAGGAAAAAUGUUGUUCGUAUUGUCGUAAUUGUUUUAUAGAUGACUUUUACGAUCAAUGCUCUACUUCGAAAGGUUUGAGGGAAUUUAACAGUAGACUGAAAAACCGAAGCACUUAUUUAGACAGAAAUAACUAUCAAUCUAAACAUCAAGAAAUUCAUAACGAAUAUAGAAACCCAAAUGGAAAUUCGUGUAUCUGUAAUGAUUCUAGCAACAGCCAGUCCGUGUCUAAUAAAAGAAUUCAGGUACAUACGGGUUCCAACAAUGAUCCAACUACUUGCAAUUCGGAUCAAAAUAUUACAAAGCAAAAUCUUUCAUAUGAAAACGAAAAGAACAUAAGUCAGAAAUGCUUCAAAAAUGUACCAUCUGGCGUGUUUUCGACACAAAUGCGUAUUCAUCCACCUUACAAUAUAAUUUGUAAUUCAGCACAAAUCCCUGAUAAAUCUGAGAAUAUAUGUUACUGCCCAUCAAAUGACAUAUUAAGUAAUAAUUUUAAUAGUAAAACAACAAAAAAUGAGUCAAUAUAUGAAUCCGAUCAGGACCGACCGAAUCGCAGCAGUUGCACAAUUUACCAUGAACAGAACCAAAAUAAAUGCAAUUUUGAUAAGGAAAAAAAAAAAUUCCAAGAAACCUCGAACUCAUUUUUUACAAAGAGGACUAUACAGAAAUCAAAUGAAUGUAGUCCUUGUGGAAUUUAUAUAGACGAUUACAUCAUUGAUAUAAAUAAUGAAGCCAAUCAAAAAUAUUUUAAGGAAAAACAAAGCCCUCAAAACGACAGUCUUAAGUUAGCGUGCAAAUGCUAUAACACGACUUUAAAAGAGGGAGAAGAAGAAGAUUUUCGAAAUAUAAAAGAAGAAUCAAAUUCGAUAUGUUGUCCUCAAUCUACGUACAAUUCAAAUUUUAAUAAUCAAUCUAUUGUUAAUAGAGAAAGCUUGAACCAUAACUGGAAAAAUAAGAAACUAUGCAAUGUUUUAAAUAAUGAUGACCUGCCAUGUCAAGGUAAUGAAUGCAAUAAAGACAACGAAAUAGCAAACAUGCGGGAUAUAAAUACAAGAUAUAGCCCAGAAAGAUGUGUCGCACAGGAAAAUUAUAGAAACAAAAACAUGGAAGAUAGUGUUUCUCAGAGGGAUUGGUAUUGUGGAAUAACCCAUGAAGGGCUCAAAAUUAGAUCUGACAAGGAUUUAAAUAUGUUUAAAAACGAUUCAGAAGACCGAUUGAUUUCAGAAAGAAAUACGAAUAAAUAUAGUAAUUGGGAUAAUUACAGGCAAAUAAGUCCAACAUUAGCUGAACACUCAAGACCACGUAAUAUAUCAUCCUGCUGUGGAUAUCAACAUAUUGUUAGUAAUACACGUAUAGAAGGUGAAAGGUCUAAACAAAAUUCUUUUAAAAUUAAUGGCCGAUCAAACUGUACAAAUUAUUCAGGCAAGUCUGCAAAUAUUUUUUAUAAUACAAAUGACCAGCAUACGCAGGAUGAAAAUAUUAGCCAUCAAUCUCAAUCCAAUAAAGAAUGCCGCUCAAGCCAAUAUAGCUAUAAGUUGCAGAAAAUAAAUCACUGUAGUAAUUUAGUUGCCGUACCCGCAAACCAACUAACAAAUAAUUAUUUUAAUUUAAUGAAUUGCUCCGAUUUUGUAUAUGUUCAAAAACAUUCCCAAAUGGAAAAAAACGCUGUAUGUAAAGAUGAGAGUCACGAUAGCGUAAGUGAACCCAAAUGUUAUAAUUAUACGUUGGACAGAUCGGAAAAGUCAAUAGUACAUGAAAUGAGGACAAAUCAACUAUCAACAAAUACGAGUGGCAAGUGUUUUCAUUUACUCGAAGGUGAAGAUAGAAAAAGAGAACGAAAAACAGAAAUGUACAAUAGCCCUUACCUCAUAAAAUGCUCCAGUAGUUCUUACGAAAACCCGCAACUAUUCCAAACAACACAAAAGGAGUAUAACAACGUGGAUGGUGAUGACUUUUGCUGCUGCAUAAUUAAGGACCAAAAUUCAAGUAGACAUUCAGGAAAAGGGUCAGGAAAUCAAAGCAGUUCCCUACUUACUAAUAAUUACUGUGAACAAAAACGGUGUGAUAAUUGCACGAAUUCUUUUUUGAGUUCAAAAAUCGAUAGAAAUUCUGAAGUUUGUAAUAAUGAGCAAGAUUGUCCAAAAAAUUCUCAACAUUUUUACAAACAGUGUCAUAACAAAAGCUGUGCCUAUUUCAGAAACACUAAUAACAACAAUUUCGGGUGUCCACACUCGAAUGCUUCCAUAACGUUAAAAUAUGAACAAGAAAACUCGCUUACUGAAGGUAGAAAGAGUAAUCAUAUCGCAUGCAAAUGCAAUCAAAACGUAAAAAAAAUAAACAUAACUAAUGCUUUGAUGUGUAACUGCGGACGACAUUUUAAUACCAGGCCAAUUGAAGAUGUAAAUAUUCAGAAAAGUAACUUGCCUGAAGGACAAGCAAGAUCAUGUUCUAUAUAUUAUCCAGCAGAAACGCAUGCCAAAAAAAAUAACCAUUGUAGUUGUCAUAAACCUAAAAGGUAUUAUAAAAAAACCGCGCCAGUAAAUGAUGUGAAUGAACGAUUACUGGAGAGUAAUACUACACAAUGUGAAGAAAAAAAUAAUAACCAUUGUAGUUGUCAUAAGCCUAAAAGGUAUUAUAAAAAAAAUGCGUCGGUAAAUAAUGAUGCGAGUGAACGAUUACUGGAUAGUAAUAAUAUACAAUGUGAAGACAAAGAUAUUUGUCAAAGACCUAAAAAUGGAGUAAAAUCAAAUGAAGUAAAACAAUCACGUCUAAUGAAGCUAUGUUCGAGGUGUUGCAAACGAAGAAGAAACAGAGAAGUUGACUCAACAUGUUACAUUAAUAAGCAAACACAACCAAAUGAAAAAUCAUAUACAGACGAAACAAAAUGUUUGUGCUCAUGUGAACCAUCAGAGAACAAAAUUAAUGUUGGGUCCAGCAAUGAUUUUUACAAACCGCGAGGUCGUGAAAUAUAUUUCAACUUGGGUUCUUCGUCAUAUAAUUUAAGAGAUGAAAAUAAUAUUUUAAAUAAUGAACAUUCAGAUCAUUAUGCGAACCAUAGCAACCUAAAGUCAAAUAUUUUAUGUACAUGUGGCGAAAGCAAACGUCGAAGGAAAGGGAAGAAUAACAAUAGUCAUACUAGAUCGAAAAAUGAUAAAAUAUGUACUUGUGAUGGACGUGAUUUAGAAGAAUUCAAUCAACUUACAAGUAUAAAAAGCCAGCACAGCUUCGAAAAUGAAAACAAUGUAUGCAUAUGUACAAGACGCAAAGGAUCUGAACAAGGAAGAAAUGAAGACGAUACACUUAAAUGUCUCUGCAAUGGGGACAUAAUAUGCAGUCGAGUUUAUAACAGUAGUCAUAUGUCUAAAAAUGAUCAAAAAUGUACUUGUGGAGGAUAUGAAUUUAACGAACGUAGAAAUAAUAAAAGCCAGCAAAACUAUAAAAAUGAUAAUAAUGUUACAAAGGAAAUAAGUCAAUCCAAUAUAAAAUCAUGCCUGUGUACAAGAUGCGGAAGUUCUGAACGGGAAAAAAAGGAUGACGAUACAAUUAAAUGUAUCUGCGAUGUAGCCAUUACAAAACUGUUGUGUUCAUGCGAACCAUCAGAGAAAACAUGUAAUGUUGGGUCAUGUAAUUAUAUUUCUGUACCGCGGGGUCAUGAAAUAUACUUUAACUUGGAUUCUUCAUCAUAUAAUUUAGUAGAUGAAAACACUGUUUUAAAUAGUAAGAAUUCAGAUUGUUGUGUUAACCAUAUUAACCAGAAAUCAAAUAUUUUAUGUACAUCUAAUGAAAACAAUCGACAAAGCAAAGAAGUGAACCCUAUAUCAAAAAGAGAUACAAUUUGUACUUGUGAAGGAUCUGAUUUUGAAGAAUUUAAUCAACAUAAAAAUAAUAAAAGUCAGCGAAGCUUUGAAAAUGAUACAGGAUGCAAAGGAUCUGAACGAGAAACUAAUGAAGACGAUACACUUAAAUGUGUAUGCGAUGGGGACAUUAUAUGUAAUCGAGUAUCUUUAGCUUACUGCUAUAAUCACAUAGAUCCAAAAUUAGGCAAAUGCCAAUGUAGCAGUCCAUGCACACUGGACAAUAAUAAAAUUCUUGACAAUAAAGAAAUAUUGAAGACUAGGCGUAUAUCGGAAAAAUGUUACCGCUCUGACAUAAGAACGUAUAAUGGCUUAAAGCGGAACUCGUAUUUUACAAUAGGUAACUCUGAUAUUGAUAAAAUUAAGAAAAGGAAAAUGGAAAAAAAAGAAAAACAGUGCCAAUUAAGUGCAACAAGAAUAAAGCACUUCGACUAUAUUUCUACACAUUCAAAUACCUCUCGUGACUGUGGUAAGCCUUUUCGUCGGUGCAAUAUUACUUUUCAAUAUAGCAAGGAACUUAAAAGAAAAUCUGCUCGAGUUAUGCCAUACAUUCAUGAUAAAUAUUCAAAACAGAAAAGCAAUCGACAAAUAAGCCAUCAAACAAUUGCAAGGGAGCCAACAAAAUCUGCGCGCACAAGUUGCUCUCAGUGUGGAUUUUGUAAAAAGAAGACACACACAAGAGAAAGAUAUGACUCAAAUUCAAACUGUUCAUGUCAUAUCCUUUACGUUAACAGUGAAUACAAAAACUAAAAUGGACAUCAGGAGUAGAGGCUAAUAAAAUAAUUGAAACAGUAUUAGAAAAAAAUAGUGAAAAUUAAAAGUAAAAAGGAAAAUUGAAUUAGUCAAUCAAAACAUACAAAGACAUAUUCGAGGUGCAAUCACAUCUGAUCUAACUACUUGCUUUCUGUAUGGAUUUUGUAAAAAGAAAACGGACACAAGAGAAAAAUAUGACUUCUGCCAAAAAUGUACUAACAAUAUUUUUCACGUAAACAACGAAUGAAACAACGAAACUUCAUUACGACUAUGUGGAUGAAAGAUUAUUAAAACAACAUUUAAAAAAAUAUUUCAUGGAAAUUAAAACCGUUUAAUUGAAUAAAAAUGCAAAAUUGAAUUAAAGAACCAA